AUGUUCGCGCAGGUGUUCGCGCAGACUCUCGCGCUCGCCGCUGCCGGCUACCUGCCUCCCGACGCUCGGAUCGCUGCCAGCCGCCCAUGCUCGGCUCUCCCUCGGGCGGGCGCCAUAUUCGCGAGCGAGACGCGCGAGGCGGGCGGGCAAGGGCCGGGCGCCUUUCUGCAGCGCGGGCUGCCAAAGAAUCAGCAGCCGGUGCGGGAGGUACAGAAUUUGAGGAGGGAGUUUCUUUUCGACUGGCCAAUGGACGACGGCUACACCGACAAGCUCAAGGGCUUGUACGGCGCGACAAUGCUGGUCGUGUCGCUUCCGAUUGCGUUCGACACGUACCGGGUUUUGCCGGCGCAGCUGCCCGAGCUGCUUGCGGCAGCGCACACGGGCACCGCCGCCUUCAUGGUGGUUGCGGUGCUGCGACUGCGCCUCGGGUGGGGCUUUGUGCAGAAACGGCUCAAGGAGCGCGUCUCAUACUAUGAGCAGAACCAGCGUGGCUUCCUCGCAAAGAAGGAUGACGAGGCGGUGCUGCGCGACCGGCUCAUCGAGAAGUCCGAGGUGGCGCCCGCCCUCCGCCGGAUCGACCGCUCCCUGCUCCCGCUCCUCGCCUCGCUCCUCGUCAGCACCGCCGCCCUCGAGAUCUCCGACGUGCCAGUGCUCCGCACCCUCUCGGGCGACAGCGCCACCCGGUACACCAGCCAGCUGCGUGGAGACGACGAGUUUGCCGCCGCAGAGCAGGCAAAGGCGAGGCAGCGGAUGGGGGGCGGGGCGGGCGAGCAGGAGAACGUCAAGCCGCUCUACUGCGACAGCCGCUACUACAAGAUCCUCGCCGGCGGCAACAGCCAGGGAGGGGUGGGGUGCAACUAGAUUGCAGCCCGCGGUGUCUUCGAUCGUGUGCAGCUUUUUGGCGCCGACACUUUCGCGCAACUCUCACACGCCUCGACCUCUUUAUGGCGGAUCGCACCUUCCUGCACAUAUUGGUAUGAGGUGUGUUCCCGAGUCUUCGAAGUGACCGCGCCCCUGGAUAAAGAUAAA